AUGGUAGCAGCGCGAGAUGGUCAGAAAAGCUACGCCGAUAAGAGUAGGAAGUCCUUGGAGUUCGAAGUUGAACUUAAUGAUCGUGUAAUGUUGAAAGUUUCGCCAUGGAAGGGUGUCGUAUGCUUUGGGAAGCGCGGGAAGCUUAAUCCGCGUUAUGUAGGGCCGUUUAGAAUUUUGGAGCAUAUCGGUAAAGUCGCUUACAGGCUUGAGUUGCCUACUGAGCUGGGUAAUGUUCAUGAUGUCUUUCACGUUUCUCAGUUAAAGAAGUGUCUGGCUGAUGAGACACUGGUUGUGCCAUUUCAAGAGCUCAAGAUUGAUGACAAGCUACAGUUUGUUGAGGAGCCUAUUGAGAUCAUGGACCGAGAGAAUGUCAAAAAUGAAUAA